AUGUACUACGCAAUCCAGAAGUGCCUUCGAAGCGAAGAAGGAACAAAGGAAGAAAAGGGGGCAUUGUGCUGUUGGAUGUUUCUGUUAUUUGAAUUUAUUUUCCCAGCAUCUAACUACAACAGAGAAGAGAAUCUUUGCAAAGUAGAAAGACUUUAUGGCCUUAAGUAUGAUAACGAGUCAUGUGCGCCCGCGGUGGGGCCGGCCCGGGCCCGGCGGAGCUGCCUUCCGCCGGCUGCGAGGCGGGGGCUGCCGUGCGGGAUUAACGGCUGCUCUCUCUUCCAGUCGUCUCACAAGACGUUCAAGAUCAAACGCUUCCUCGCGAAGAAGCAGAAGCAGAACCGGCCUAUCCCGCAGUGGAUUCGCAUGAAAACGGGCAAUAAGAUCAGGUACAACUCCAAAAGGAGACACUGGAGAAGGACCAAACUGGGCUUGUAAGAGAGACUGUCUCCUGGGAACUCUAAUAAACACGUGUCUUUCUGCGUCAGAUUGAUAUACCCGUAUGCUGUUCGGCGACCCCCAAGCAAUUCCUUCUGUAGUGUUGGACUGCAAUCCCCAGUGUUUGGUUUUUUUUAUGAGCUAGUCUGGGUUAUUGAUGUUAACUGGGAAAAUGUUGAAGUAAUUUGCAUCUGAAACAUGAAGACUGUGUUCUAUUAGUGUUCUUUCUUUCAGGCAUCAUCAUGAGUAUUGACAGUGUACAGGCUUACUAAUAAAUAUGGACCUGAAUGACUUGGUUGAAAUUAUUUCUCAUAUAUAUAUGGUGGGAUAGUAACUAACAUUACUGUGAAUAUAAUGUCACUUAGCGUGAGAAACCUUGUCAGCUCUUUUCAGAUAGAGUAGGCUGUGUCUUCCUUUUCACUUAC